AUGAUUGCUGUCAUCGUUCUGAUGUCUUUGAUUACCCUCGGAUUCUCUGAUCCUUGCUCGAUGCCUAUUGAGGGUGGACCGUGUCGUGGGUUCUUCCCAUCUUGGGGUAUGGAUGCUGCUAAUGGUGAAUGCGUGCAAUUCAUCUACGGAGGUUGUCGAGGCAACGAGAAUCGAUUCGAGUCGAAGGAAGCGUGUGAGGAGACCUGUGGAAAUCUUGAUGAUUACCCAGAGGAGAAGGAGGUGAACGCUUGCGAUUUGCCAUUGGAGACUGGGCCAUGCCGUGGAAAGUUUAUAAAGUGGGGCAAGAACUCAAAGAGUGGCAAAUGUGCUGAGUUCAUUUAUGGUGGCUGUGGUGGAAAUUCAAAUAAUUUUGACACAGAAGAAGAAUGUGAACGGACCUGCAUUCAUGUAUAA